CUGACAUGUUCAGCACUUCAUUUUUUUCAGUAUAGUUUUUGAUUUGUACUUCUCUGUGCAACUGUGCACAGCUGCGAAAAAUGAUUUUUGAUAGAGUUGCACAAAUUUAGUCUAGAAAAAAAUCAUUAUUGUAGCAAUGGACAGUGCUGUCAGAGUGUUAAGUGUUCUCUUUUAAUGCAAAAAUGAAGAACACCUACUUUAUAGAUUGAAAUUUCAUUGAGGAGAAGUAUGCUUUUUUUAUGGUUGUGUAAGCAAAUUUAUGUAAUAAAAUAAGUUUGUUUGCAGCUGAGUCAGACUUGCACAGAAUUGAUUUCCUCAUCUUUCUCACCCAUCAAAGCAAGGAAAAAGUCCGGGGAAAAAAGUUAAUCACGAAAAUCUUAUUUUGAAGUUGCAUUAAAAUGCAGGAUCAGGAAAAUUCUGUGAAAUAGGCCUGUUUUUUUAAUUUUUGUUUGCAAUGCAGUGAAUUGCAGUGUGGUGUAGGUAAUGUGCAAGAGUUUGUGACAGAUUAAAGGCUCAUCAAAAUAAGACAUCCUUGUGAAUUAUCGCUUUGUUAAACUAGCUGUUUCCACAAAGAUGUUUACUUUUGCAAAAGCACUUUGGCACAGCAAAUGAAAAAUACCGAUAUGACAUACUGGAUUAAUUCAACAAAAAUUAUUAUGGUUUAUGUUGCAAAAAGUUAAGCUUGUGUUGCUACUGUUUUUACAUCUCCCUGGUGGUCCAGAGUAACUUGUAGAAGUGUGUUCAUUUUGAUUCUUGGCCUCUUAGGAAGGCUUGAAUGAAACCAGAAGUAUUAUUGUGCUGUACAGCAGUAGAGGCUAGAAUCCUGUUGUACUGGGGACAUUUUUGGUGCUUGUGUGUUUACAGUAUGAGUCGCAUUCGUUUGGCAUCUGAGGUAAUCGGGGGUGUGGGUGUCAUUGAAACUGUCACCAUAAAAUUUAUAGUUCCUUCAAGAUUUAUCCUAGUAUUUCUGCAUAAUAUGUUGAACAAAGUGUGGGGAAUAAAUGUGUUAUAAUUCAUUUAUUCACUAAUACAGUAGUGACCCUCCCCUCUGUUUUAGUGGGUAGUUUGAUAAAGUUCACCUCAGUUGCAAUGGUGCUUCAGCGAUCUUUCGUCUGUAUGUUUAGUCAUGUGUUUCAACAGGUCCCUAAGGGCUGCUUUGCAUUUAUUUUUCAUUUGGGAAAUGUGUUUAAAGACUUCAGUUAAUACCUUGAAACAAUGCUGGAGCUACAGAAACAACUUUGAAUGUGGAAUAAGCUGAGGUAAACUUGAACCUCUGGAAGAGUUGUUCUGUUCAGAACAUCCAUGAGCAGGGGGUGCUCUGACUGUCCCUAAAGGAGACACUAACCUGAACUGUGCACAGUACUUUCCAUCAGUGUCUGGAACUUCAACUUCUGUGCUUUUGAUAGCCUGAACUCAAACAAAACACACCAUGCAGUUUGACGGAGUAUCCUAAAGCACUUUUAGUAGUGUUGUACAUACAUAAUGCAGGGACAGUUGUUUGGGUUGUCAAAGUGCAAAAUAUAGUAGGUCUUACAAGAACCUUGGUUGUCAUGCAGGCCACACCUGGCUGUCUGUGUGGAGCAUGGAUAUAACUUAUUUAUAUGGGAAAUUGAGGUAAUUAUUGAUGAGCUCUUAGUAAUGAGUGGAAUACUCUGCAAGGAUGACAGAGUGGAUGGCCAUGUAAGUUGCUAAAUGCUCAUGUGUCGUGGGGAAAAAUAUUUAGCAAUUCUGCUGCCAAUGGCAUUAAUCAUUCUGAGUAGUUUUAAAACAGCUUUUCAAAUUUGAUUAUUUCAAGUCUGAUGUUUUUAUACUAAACCCUUACACAGCAUUUCAGGUAACUAAAAAUGUGACUGUGGAAGCAGAGAGAAUUCCAGCUGACACACACAUAUGUGUGUGUCUGUAAUGCUUAUUAAAACAUAAUUUGAAAAGGUUGUGGUGGUUCAGAUUCCAAAAUCCCCUGUGGUUUUUCUGAAUUGCUGUGGCAUCUCAAUAUCUCUCUAUUAGAUGCUAAGCGGGGGGGAGGGAAAUCCAAGGUGAUAACAGAUUUGAGAUUUAAAUGAUGCCACUAGUUGAUACUAUAGAAAAGUAUAAUACAGAGAAACAGUUCUGAUCCUGAGGGUGGAUUGUGGAUUAGGAUAAUCUGUUAUACCGAAAUGUCCUAUCACGUCAUCUUAGUGUCAGAAUGUUCCAAAACAUUCAAGAGAAGUUUCCAUAACCCAGAUGAGUUUAAACAAUAGCAAGGUCUGCCUUCUGUUCUAGUGGCUCUGUAGUCAACUUUAUAUAUUAGAUAAGUGUCUGUUCAUUAAGUGUUUGGUGAACCAGACAUUUGCAGUUUGGUGAUAGGUUAAAAAAAAUUGUGGAGUAAGAUUUUGAGCAGUUCUGUCAGGAAUCUGCAACAGUGUUUUUGAGGCCUAAAAAUUGUCUCCUAGGUAAUGGAUCUGUAAUAUGUUUCCAUGAUUGUAAUAAGUUGCUUUAAGGGAAAAGUAAUAGUUUUCAAAAGGAGAUGACAAAAUAAAGGAAAUCAAGUAUUUGUACCCAGCCAGUAAAAUGAGUGCAAUUUCAUACAGCAUUUUGAUUGUGUGAUCUUUCAGAAAUUUAAAAAAUAAAAAUGUGUGUAAAAGUAAUAAAGAAGUUGAUCAGUAGAUAAAUUGUGAUUUAUGUGAGAAUGAGCAAAUAGUGAAAAGGAAUAAUGCUACAGGUUGUAUCUUAUUCUGCACACCAGUGUGGAGAAAAAAACCCCACACAGAUUUUCCCCUCACCUCAAACAUAGAUGUGUGACUGUGAUUCCAGCCCUGGGAGCAGAAUAAAUAUCCUGUCUUAUGGCCUUCACUCCAGUGCAGCUCUGUAUGUUGCUAUUUGCCAAAACAGAGGGAAGUGUUGACUCGUGUGUAAACUUGUCUUCUGUAAUCCUCUACUGCUCUUCUACUUAGCUGGACAUUGCUAAUUAUUUCCCUAUUAGUAAUUUGCUCAGUUGUUUAUUCCUACCUGACAAUAAUAGCCCAUGCUUCUCUUUUUGAGGAUGAUCUUGCUUCUUCACAGAUAUAUUAGAACUGCUUCAGAUUCUGUUGCUGAAAUUUGUACGUUUUGAAGGCCCAUCUGACUUCAGCUCUAGAGAGAUGCUUCAUCCUCUGGAAAGUUUGUAAUUGGAACUGAAACAGAAAUGCAAAAUGUGGAAGUCAUAAAAAGAGAGGAUAUAAUCCGGGGGGGAGGUAGCGACUGAAUUUUUGGAAAUCUUCUGACAAUCUGUAGCAAUGGGCCAGGCAGCUGCCAAACCUGCAGGCCCAAAACCUGCAGGAAUAUAUCAGGCUAUUACAGGUAGAAGAUGUGGAAGAAGACAUGCCUGCGUUGGCUUUACACCACUUUCAAAUAGUCAAGAUGGAGAUGCACAUAAACCCAACGAAGACUGCAAACAAUUAGACUUGGAGGAUGUUCAGGAAGAGAGUUCUUUAUCUUUCUCUGAAAGUUCCAGACCACUGGUUCAAGUUCCUCCUGCUCUAUUAGAUAAGCCUUUGUCAGAAAAUGGUGGAACUAGAGAACUCAUUUGCCAAAAUGUAUCAAGCCAAACUUCUGAAGCGAACACACCACUAUUUUCUGUAGUCUGUACUGGUCCAGAAGGCAAUCAAAUCUCACAGAACUUUAUGAAUCCUGAUGAAAAUUCUGAGGACUUUGCAGAAAACACAUCUGGAAGACAUAAUGAUUUGAAUGGUAAGAAUGGAAUUGCUUUUGUAAACAUUGACUCUUAUGAGCCAGAUAGCAGUGACGGAGAGGAAGAUGAUGCUCAAGACAAAUGUUCUUUGGUAAAAGAAGCAUCAUGUCUCAUUCAGGGACAAUUAGAUAACAUACUUUCUCAGUGCGAAAAAGACAUGGAGCGUCUUAUGGACUUACAGUCACAACUGUCUUCUUUCAACCACGGUGUUUCUAGAGAAAAUUGUGAAGGAGCAGGACCAAUGCCUUUGGCAUGUCCAAACAAUAGGACACUUAUAUCCACUGAAGAUCAAGCUAUACCAAAAAGUAACCUGAGUGGUACCAGUUGUGAAGCACAGCAGAUAAAUCAUAUACUGGAUGUUGGAAUCGGAACCCCUGUUGCUGAUGUACUAAAUGUCAGUGAUGGAAAGGCUGACCAAGAAAAGUCAUCUGAGCCAGUAGUGAGACCUAAAAUUAGAACACGAAAUACUGCAAACCAGCUUGAGAGAGAAAAGCAGCUCCCUAAUGAUGAAGAGCAAAAACCACUUUCCUCUUCCUGGAAGAGAAUUGGAGUUGCUGAUUGCCAGCAAUGCCAUCCUGAGUGUCCCUUGAGAGACAGCGAAGAGAUAAGUUCUGGUGUGUUCUUUCUCUCAAGAGUGUACAGUGAUCAAAAGAACACAGAAAGAGACCUAGGAAAAAAUGCAGCAGCUCAAAACCAAAAUGUUCCAGAUGAUAGCAGUUUUUGGGAUGAAUUUGAAAACUGCAACAGAUACUUCUUAAUGUCCCAUGAAGAUGAAGACAGCUCAGAAUGCAGCGAUGGAGAAUGGGCUACGGCUGUGCCUAGCUGUUUGACUGCUGCGGAACAAGAGCAGUCCUCAAGUGAAGAGAGCUGGGAUACUCUCCCAGGCAGGGAGGAAUGUGAAGUGCAGAGCAUCAACUGUGAUGUAAAAGAAGAGAACACAAACUGCGGUGUACAAGAAGGGGAGGAAGGUGAGAUUCUUUGGUUACCGUACCGAGAAGAAGUAGAAAGUAGCAGUGAUGAGGAAAAUGAUCCAGUUAAUGAUUUCAUGCAUCCUGCAUUCUUCCCGUUCAAUGGAAAUAACAGCUUUGAAGAUGACUCCAGUGUGAGUGAAGACCUGGAUGUGGAGUGGAGAACCCUUGAUGAGUUUGAAGUCCUAGGACUUGCUCUAAACAUUCCUUACAUGGACCCUCAACUUCUCACAUUUGUGGCACUAGAGGGACGCUUAGAAGCUGUGGAGGUUGCUCUGGCACAGUUGGAGUCUCUUGCCUUUGAUGUUGAACAGACUCGUCCACCAGCUACUAAGGAAACCAUAGAUUGUCUGCCAGUGGUUCUCAUCACAGGUCAAGAUGAGAGUUGUACGAUCUGUUGCAGUGAAUAUGUGAGAGGUGAAUACGUGGCAGAGCUACCCUGUCAUCAUUUGUUUCACAAAUCUUGUGUAACUCCUUGGUUGCAGAGAUCGGGAACAUGCCCAGUUUGUCGUCAUGUGCUUGCUCCUGUGCUUCCUGAAGCAGCGGAUGACACUUAUCGUUAACUGAUUGAUGAUUCAGUAUCUUCUGCUCACAGGACUUUCAAUCUAGGGUCUGAAAUAAAAUCUGGCACCAAGUGCAAAUUUUACCUGUUUAAUUAUAAUGUGAAAACAAUUCUGUAUAAAAUAUUAACAUAGAAUCAUAGAACAGCUUGAGGAGGAAGGCACCUCAAAGAUCAUCCUGUUCCAACCCCCUUGCCAUGGACAGGGACACCUUUCACUUGACCAGGUUGCUCUGAGCUCCAUUCAGUUUGGCAUUCAGGGAUGGGGUGUCCACAGCUUCUGUGGGCAACCUCUUCUGUAGGCGAACACCAGGAUUACGAAGCCUGGAAAGAACAGCUUUAGAAACGGGUCCAUUACAGCGGCAGCUUCCCAUGAUCGAGCAAAGCAGAAAAAGAACAACUACUUGCGUUUUCCAUUGUACGGGUUCUCCCUGAGCUGUGUAAUUUCCCUAACCCACGCGGCCCCCCCCAUUCGGAACCAUGUUUGCUCCCCUCCCCGAUCGCAGACUCCAUCUCUGCACAAACAGGAUAGGCUGUCUCACCCGCCUCUCCCCAGUCCCUGGUUCUGUUACUGGAACAUGAUCCUCCUGUAUCCCCUAUUGGUCAGUAGAGUCCUCAAGCCACUCCCUUCCCCCUGGACCUUGACCCAAUCACAUCCCUUCUUCUUGCCCUCCCCCCCGAGCCCAUAUAAACCAUGGGAGUUUGGAAAUAAAGGUCUUUUCACCUUGGGA